AUGGAAGAGACAGGAGAAGAUUUCAUCCAACUAGGCAAGGCGUUCUUAACCUUGCUCGCAACUAUACAGGGCAAUCAUCCAUGGUCUCGUCUCCCCACCCGCAAUCCAGUAACUGGAAUGUCCUUAACAGAAAAGAUAUUCAAAAGCCUCCAGUGUGCUAAAACAAUCUCAGCUAACUCACUCGUCGAACCCAUCAAACUAAGAAUGGCAAGGGGAUUAGCUAGCAUAGCAAAGUCCGUCAUCUUAGAAAAAAUAUAUAGGUCGCAGUAUAAGAACCUAACUGCGCAGGCUAAGCAAAAACGCGAGAAUAGCCUAAAAUAG